AUGAAUUAACCAAUUUAACUAAAUUGUCAAAAUCCAAAAAAAGGAUACUUAAUAUAAAGAGGAAAAAGCAAAGCUAGUGAGAAUCCAAAGGAGAGACAAUCCUUUGCCGAGUAUGUGAACUCUUUGUCAGAAUCAUAACAAUAAUUACAUACUCAUAAUAAGUCUCCAAGAAAAGAAUCAGUGCCUAAGCGACAUCCAACUCUUCCAAAAUUAGAAUUACCUUCUCCAGACGUCUUGAAUAAAAGGUUCGUUGUAAAUAUUGGUAAAUGUCCUGUCACUAAUUUCCAAUCCCCUAUUUACAGGCCUAGCUUGGUAAAUGCUGCUCUAAUAUUAUCGAAUUAAAAUUAAUUCCACAACAUUCAAUCUCCUAGACACAAUUCCUUCGAGACCAGAAAGUCGCUCAUUCCUUAAUAGAGAUUAUUGCCUAUCCAUCGAACUUCGGUUAACAAUAUAAGUGGAAGAAGUGUACUGGAUGAUGACAUGAGUUUGUUCUAUUAUAAAAUCGGAGGAGCUGAAACUAUAAAUCAACUCAAUGAGGAGUUUCACCGAUAUUCAAUUCAACACGAGAUGAUCUCAAAGAUUGAUGAUUAAGAAAGAUAUAAGUAAAGGUUUAAGACCUUCUUGGAAUAUAUUAUGGGAAAACCUAUAUUUUAUAAUCUAGAACAAUUAAAAGAAAAACAUAAAGAUUUAAGACUUAAAAAUAGAGAUUUCAAUUAAUUUAAAAACUAUUUAAUUACAUGUUUCUUGAAAGUCAAUAAGGCACAAUUAGAUUAUGUAUUUGAAUUCAGUUCAAUGAUCGAGCAAUAUCGCUAUUGUAUUAUCAAUAGUAAUACUCCAUUUGCUAUUAUUUACAACCAGAGAACUGAAAAAUUAAAUACAAAAGAUGUUCCUGAUCCUAUAUUAUAAUUAGCUUAGAGCAGCUACCAAAAGAUUUUCUAAGAUAACUCCCUAGCACCAUAUUUUAUAGGAAUUGAAAUCAAAUAGUAAGCAAGAAAAUUAGGCAAGAUCUUAUCCCAAUUAAUGGCUUGGGAACAAACCAAUGAUCAGAUUUUAGUCGAGAUGAGAUAGUCCCAUAAGGGUAUGCAUUUGACAAAUGUCCAUUUCACUCUAUUUAAAUAACAUCUUGUGGAGUCGAUGCGUUAACUUAACAUACAAGAAAAACAGAUAGAGUUGGUGACAACUAGAAUGGAUGGUUAUCGAAGUUACAUCAUAAAUCAAGACUCUUUGUUGGAUUAUUAUGGAGAGCAAUCUUCCUUAUUGUAAGUUUAGUAAAAGAAGUAUGUCUAAUUGUUGAAGAGGGAUCCUCGAAUGCAAAACUACCCAGCAACUGCGAUGGAAAGACAUUCUUAAUUUAUUUUGAGAUACCUUACUCAUUAGCAUAUACCUACCCUAACUAAAAAUGACUUAUGGACUAUUCAUUCCAAAUAUAAUAUUGCCACUGAAUGGAUUGAUUCCUUUCGUGAUAACUUUUUCCUUCUUAUCAAAAGUCUAAAUCUUAAUGCUCUAAUUAUUUAAGAUUAUGAGGAUAUCUGGUAUAAACUAAGAAACAAUCUUACUUAAUAUCAUUCGAUUGAAAGUAAGAUUGGUAAGAUGAAAGUUAAUCUUGUAAUAGCUAAAGUUUAAAUAAAAUUGUAAGAUAAUGAAAAUUACACAGAAUAUUUUAAGAAUGCCAAUUACUAAAUGAAUUUGCAUCUCCAUCGGAUAAUUGCUUUUAUAUUAACAGAUUAACACAUCUACAACUCAAAUGAUUUAAAGGUCAUUCACUAAUCAGUUAAAAUUAGAGAAAGUACAUUUAAUUUGUUUAUUUAAUUCCUUAAAAAUGCUAUGUAAGAAGAAGGCAUAAGUUCCAGUCUAAUUGCUUAGGCCGAAGAGAUUUGUAAUUAUUAUAAAAAGAGUGUGUGCACUUGA